AUGUCGCAAGCUCCACGUGUGAUAUACUGGUUCCGUACGGACCUGCGCCUCCACGACUCCCCGGCGCUGGCGGCAGCACUUGAUCUGAAACCAGAAUGCCUUUAUCCCAUCUGGACCUGGGAUCCGCACUAUGUGUACCGCGCCAGGGUUGGCGUCAACCGCUGGCAAUUUCUCAUCGACUGUCAGAACGACCUUUCUCAAGGCAUCACCAAAAUCAACAAGAAAUCAAAACUCUUCGUACUGCGCGAGGCUCCCCAGACUUUGUUGCCAAAGUUGUUCAAAGAGUGGCAAAUCACACAUCUGGUGUUUGAGAAGGAUACAGAUGCGUAUGCGCGAGAGCGCGAUGACAAGAUUUGCGAGAUUGCGAAUGAGAUGGGCGUCAGAGUGAUCACGAAGAGCGGCCGUACGCUCUAUGACAGUGAUCUGCUGGUGAAGACGAAUCACGGCAAGCCAACGAUGACCAUAUCGCAGGUGCAGGCGGCUGCAGCGAAAAUAGGAAAGGUUGCGGAGCCGUUGCCUGCUCCGACGAGUCUACCUGAUCCGGGAAAUCUUACCUUGGGAUUCGAGCAGGAGAAGCCUGAAUCUGAGCCCGACUUCAAUCGGACGCAUCGAACCAGCGAUGAGGGCUCCUACGAGGUUGGCAUCGCAGGACCACAAGGCGACUUCUCUGUCCCGACCCUGAAAGAGCUGGGAUUACAAGAUGCGACUACGCCUCAUCGAGGAGGCGAAUCUCUGGCUUUGAAAGUACUCGACGAUGUCAUCUCUAAUGAGACGUUCACGGCGACAUUCAGUAAGCCCUCCACUGCGCCAACAGCAUUCGAGCCACAAUCCACUUGUCUUACCUCACCUCAUCUGCACUUCGGCUCCUUGUCCUGCAGACUAUUCUGGUACAAAGUACAAGAAGUCCUUGAUAGGUACAAGGGCAAGGCUUCUGAGCCACCUACCUCUCUGCAUGGGCAACUGCUUUUCAGAGACAUGUACUUCGGCGCUCAAGCAGCAAUAGGUUAUCCGUUUGCCCAAACUGUAAAGAACGAUCACUGCCGAUUCGUGCCUUGGCAUCUACCGUCAAAGGUUGACAAGAAGACCGGCCUGAUCACUGGAGAGUAUGAAGUAGAUGAUCCCGAGAAAGAGGUGUGGUUCAAACGCUGGCGUAACGGCAAGACCGGAUUCCCUUGGAUUGACGCCUUGAUGCGACAGCUAGCACUCGAGGGCUGGAUACACCAUCUCGGCCGACAUGCUGUGGCUUGCUUUUUGACACGCGGUGGCUGCUACAUCCACUGGGAGCGCGGCGCAGAAGUAUUCGAAGAACUACUCAUCGACCACGAAACUGCCUGCAACGUCGGAAACUGGCAAUGGCUAGCCUGUAAAUGGGACAAAGAAGGCGCAUUCGUCAGAAGAUAUGUACCCGAACUCAAGGAUAUGCCGACCAAGUACAUCUACGAACCAUGGAAAGCACCCAUUCAGGAUCAAAAGAAGGCUGGUGUACUGAUCAAAGGCGAUGGCGGGCAAGAGAAAGAGGGCGAUCUGAAUCUAUAUCCCAAACCUAUCUUUGAGUUUGCAAAGCAGAGAGAAAUCUGUAUCAACGGUCUCAAGGGCGCAUACAGUGUCGGGCUGUAUGGUGAUUCGCCCAAGGUUCUAGACGGCACCUGGAAGGAACUGUUUGGUGACGAUGCUGAGGGACCAACCGAAGGCCAUCAAGGAGGGCCAGCUGGAUCUUUAGGCAAAAAAGACACUCACGGUACAGAGAAUCUCAAGGCAGACGGCAAGUCGACGCCGUCCAGAAAAAGAGGUGGCCAAAGUACGCUCGAGAACGCGUUCAAGAAGGCGAAGACAUGA